UGUGAAUAAUUGAUUGAAAAUAGUGGCAUUAAUUUUAUAAAUAAUAAGCAAAAAAAAAAAAAGCCAUGUUUUGGUCUGUACGAUUAUCACAAGGACGUCAGAAUCAAAUAGGACAAUCAAUGGGAGGUGGUGGUGGUGGUGGCGUUUUAGGAGCAGGAAUAGGGCAAAUACCAACGAUUACAACAGCAGCAGCAACAGUAUCAUCAUCAUCACCACCGAUAUCUAUACGAACAAAUGAUUUCAUUAUUAACAACAACAACAUUGAUUCUGAUCCUGAUCUAUUGAUUGAUGAUAAUUCUGAACCAAUCGAUACGAUAAGUCAUCGUUUUUUAUCACCACAACAACCAUCACAACCGCCACCAAGAAAACGUUCAUUAGUACAGGCAUUAUUGAAUAGUGCAAAUCUUACUUCUACCACCACAAGUAAUCAAGAUAAUAGUGGAAAUAUAAAUUCAAUCAAAAUGUUUAUGGAUUCAGGUUCAUCCACGAUUUUGCCACCGGCUGCAGGAAUUCAUAACUUUGAUCAUUCACUUGAAAUCGACAAUUAUGGUUUACCUUAUUUUUUCGGUGAUCCAUUAGGUAUUCAUGAUCCAUCGGAAGCUGAAUUAGGUGGAGUUGGUCAUGAAAAUGUUGGUCCAUUUGUGAAGCGUUCAAGAAAAAUUUUACGUGGUCUUUUAUUGAUGAUUAUCAUCGCUUUAUGUUGGGUGGCUGUUAUUCAUCUAUUUCGUAUCAGUUUUCAUCGUGAACGUAUUCUUUAUUCUAUAUCGGCUGAGCAUUUUAAUAUUUCGAAAUUAUUUUCAUCCUCAUCCAAUAAUCGGCCAAAUUCAAAACAAAUUGAAAAUCAAAAUCUGAAUGAAACGAAAAAUUUAUUCAGAUUAUUACCACCGUCACAACCACCAACACCAAUGGCAUUGACAUCGAACAAGGGUCCAAAAAUGAAACAACGAUUGUCGGCCAUAAAUGAAUUUCCAAGAUCGAAAUUUGAUGCACCAUAUCUAGUAACAUGGUAUUGCAGCGUAUGGAAUAUAUUCUAUAUGCCUGUAUAUUUAAUGAUACAUGCAUAUUUUCUGAGUCGUCGAUCAAAAACUAAUCAAAAUGAACAACAACAACAACAACAACAACAAUCAUGUUCAAAUUCUGGUGGAAGUAGUGCAGUCAGUAAUAAUCCAUUUGGAAGUAAUGUUAGUAAUAAUAAAUCAGCUUGUUCCGGUUCAUCAAGCAUCGGUACUACGGAUACAACAUCAUCAAGUGCAACAUCGAUUAAAAAAGUUUUACUUGAAAGCAUUCAAGGAAUCGUUGAUCGUGGCUUUACAUUGAUGCAAUUUUUUUCGCGAUGUGCAUUCUUUUGUGCACUUUGUACAUUGGCCAAUUAUAUGCUAAUAUUUUCAUUGCGUAUUCUUGAUGCUACCGUUGUUAUGGCAUUGUUUGCAACAUCCGUAUCAUUAGUUUAUCUAUUGUCUUGGGUUGUUUUACAUCAACAAUUUGUUGGAAUACGGAUUGUUGGCAUAAUUAUUGUCGAUACCGGUGUCGCUAUAUUAGUCUAUAUGGAUGGUAUACAGAAUCAAACAUUAGCCACAGUGAUGAUUGCAUUCGGAUCAGCGAUUGUAUUUGCUGUUUAUAAAGUUUUUAUGAGACGAAUGAUUGGCUAUACAACAUUUGCACAAAUGGCAUUAUUUCAUUCAUUAGUUGGUGUCCUCAACAUGUUAUUAGCAUGGCCACUAAUAUUGAUUUUGUAUGCAACUGGUGUGGAAAUCAUUGUUUGGUCAGAAAUUCCAUGGCUUUUUAUGACCGGAGCAUCACUAUGUUUUCUUAUUGCCAAUCUAAUUGCAAGUUUUGGUGUCAUUUGUACCUAUGAAUUUUUCAUUACACUAGGAAUGUUUUUCGCUAUUCCAAUUUCGGCUGUGAUAGAUAUAUAUAUCAAUUCGGUCAUAUUUCGUGACAUGAAACUUGGUGGUGUACUAUUGAUACUGAUUGGAUUCCUUGUCGUUCUAUUGCCCGAUAAUUGGAAUGGUUAUCUAAUGAAUGCAUUCCGUAAUCGUUUGAAAAAAUGGAAACGUCGUGAAGAGAAUAAAAAGAAUGGCCGUGUUCAAGAUACAACUACUGGACAGCUAUCACGAUUACGUACAUCAAGCGGAAGAGUUAAAUGAAAACAUGGCCAUUAUCUCAUUUACAGCAAUUGUGGUGACGCACUUUACGUCAUUAACGAAUAGCCACUACACAAUUUUUUGUUGUUGCUGCUGUUGUAACAAAAACACAUGAUUCUAUGAUUCUAUUUUGCCUGUAAUAAGAAUUACAAAAAUGACCAGAAAGAAAUCAGUGACACAAAACGAUUGGCAAUGAAAUAGAUGAUUGAUAAAAAAUUGAGUAAUUGGUGAUUCAGAGUUGAAUGAAACCCGACAACCGAAAGAAUGAAAGUGUAUGUGAGUGCAGAACAUCAACAUUCGAUGAUUGAUGUAUUUUUUUAAUUAAACACGAUAAACGUGUGGUUUUCUUUUUAUUUGAUGUGUUUUAAUAAUUUGUAAUUUGUAAUAUUGUGCGGUGCUUGUAAAAAUUAUUAUUAUUGUCCUGAAAUGAUAAAUUGAAAAUAAAACGAUCUUUUGC